GCCCUGGGCCAGGGCUGCAUCCACUGCUGCGGCCUCGCUCUGCUCAGCACAAGGGCAGCCUCACCUCCCUCACGCCAAGAUGUCCUGCUACGACCUGUGCCCACCAAAGACCAGCGUGGCUGUGCCCCAGCCCAUCGCUGAGAGCUGCAACGAGCUGUGCGCCCGCCAGUGCCCCGACUCCACGGCCUUCAUCCAGCCGCCCCCCGUGGUGGUCACCUUCCCCGGCCCCAUCCUCAGCUCCUUCCCCCAGCAAGCCCAAGCCGUGGUGGGCUCCGCCGGAGCCCCCGCCUUUGGGGGCUCCCUGGGGCUGGGGGGCCUCUACGGCGCCGGGGCCACCCAGGGCUCGGGGGGCCUCUGCACCUUUGCCAGAGCUCCCGCCUGCAGCCCUUGUGUCCUGCCCCGCUCCUCCAGGAGGAUCUGGGACACCUGCGGGCCCUGCUAGACCCAGCCCACACCCCACUGCCACUGCUGUCCCCACUCCAGCAGCGCUGCUCUGGGCAACAUCCCUUGGG